UAGCCAUUGCAAUUUUUCGUUUUCUUCACCCUCAACAAUGAUUCUUUUCUUUCCGUUUCUGUAACAGCAUCUUUAGAAGUAGGCUACUUGGAAUUGAAGGUCCUUUUCUGAAUCAGCUUUGCCAUAGGCAUCUGAUGUUAUUAAUAUUAUAGCCAUUCAUUUUGAGAUCUUGGGUUUUCUUCAAUAUUUCAAAAGAAUUGUUUUGGUGUAUGCAUUUAAGAGCUCUGGUGGCAUUAUUUCACAUCCUUGCCUCAUCCCUCGUUUAAUUUGCUUAUAUUAUUCAGAAAGAGUAAGUUGUACAAAGACAAAACGGGGUAGCUAACAAAACCAUACAAAUCAACAACAAUGGUUGAUAACAAUACUCAGAACACCGCGACAACAAAUAGACCUUACAAAUUUCUUCAAAAAGGCGUCUUCUCAAACAAUAGAGAAGUUUUGGGAAAUUAAAACCGCAAGAAUUGAAAGAGGUAAUGAUCCACAGAAAUAAUAAUACAGUAUUAAUUUUUGCGUACUAUUGCUUGUUGGGGCCAUUAUAGCAAUUUGUUUCAUAAGUAUGUUCCCGCGGUUAUAGUUUUGGAAUUCACGUGGCAUACCGGACCGGCUUUUGGAAACGAGGCAAACCUAGCGUCCUGUCUGAUUGUUGUCACUGAGGAUACCGCCAACUCACAGCAGACAACGCCUUUUCUUCCUGCUAUUCCGCUGAAAAACUGAUAAUGGGAGAAGAGAAAGUCAUUCUUGUCACCGGAGGCACAGGCCUUGUGGGGAAAGGCAUUGAAGCCGCUGUUGAGAAAGAAGGAAAGCGAGCGGAUGAGAAGUGGAUUUUUGCAUGUUCUAAAGAUGCGGAUCUCACGGACCGUGCAGCCACAGAGGCCAUGUUUGAAAAGUACAAACCCACCCAUGUGAUUCAUCUGGCUGCGCUGGUGGGCGGUCUGUUCAGAAACCUCAACAACAACCUGGACUUUUUGAGAACCAACAUUCAAAUCAACGAAAAUGUCCUGAGCACCAGCUACAAGUUCAAAGUAAAAAAAGUGGUAUCAUGCUUGUCUACAUGCAUCUUCCCCGACAAAACGACGUAUCCCAUCGAUGAAACUAUGGUGCACAACGGUCCUCCUCAUGACAGCAACUUUGGCUACUCAUAUGCCAAACGUUUGAUAGAUGUUCAGAACAAAGCCUACAGCUCUCAGUACGGAUGUAAAUUCACAUCCGUGGUCCCCACCAACGUGUUUGGACCUCAUGACAACUUCAACCUGGAGGAUGGACACGUAUUGCCUGGUCUUGUCCGUAAAGUCCAUGAAGCUAAAGAAAACAACAAGCCUUUUGUGAUUUGGGGCACAGGCUCCCCAAGACGUCAGUUCAUCUACUCUCUAGAUCUGGGACGACUAUUCUUGUGGGUGUUGAGAGAGUAUGAUGAAGUGACACCCAUUAUUCUCUCAGUUGGUGAAGAGGAUGAGAUCUCCAUCAAAGAGGCUGCUGAUCUGGUGGUGGAGGCCUCAGACUUCAAGGGAGAAGUGGUUCAAGACACCUCUAAGUCUGAUGGACAGUUCAAAAAGACAGCCAGCAUAGCCAAGUUGAGGAAAUACCUUCCUGACUUUAAGUUCACCCCCAUCAAACAAGCCAUCAAGGAGACUUGUGACUGGUAUGCAGCAAAUGAGGCUACGGUCCGCAAGUAAAACAUCCCCCCCCCCUUCCCAUACCCACCCUCCCCCUCCCCCUUCCCAUCUGGGUGCUCACUGUGACAUCAUAACAUCAUAAGCUAUGUCAAAACUACCAUGGGUGAGACCAACUGUGCUGGAUGGACUGCUAGGGUUGCCAGCUGUACAGCCGAAGAAAAAGUGUCUGUGUCAUCGUCAUCAUCAUCAUCUUUUUGAUAACUUUUGUUGGUCGACUUUGUGUUUGUGGACUUUCUGAGACAGAGCUUGUUGUGUCUGUGACUGUGUGUUGUGUGUGCUGCAACACCUGUCAUUAUUCUAUAAGAACGGAGGAUGAGCGACCAUUCAGUGUAUGUCCUUCCUCUUUGGUUUCCAUGCAGCAUCAGCUGUGUCUGUGUAGUGACAAGUUGUGAGACUGUCAGAGUGAUGCAUCCUCAUUUAAGUUUUUUGGUUUGUGAACCGGUAGCUAACAUUUAGAUCUUGCCUUUUGUUUGGGUGGGUGGGUGGUUGGAAGGUGCCAGCAGUAGGUUUUGCUGCUUUACUUGCUCUUGCUUUUUCCCAGAACUAGAUGACCAUUAUUGUGCUGGUUUGCUUCUCUUUACUCGAACAAAACUAUUUGUUCACUCGCCAAUGACAGGAAGAGACACCAUCAAUCAUUUUUCUGUAAUAGUUCUAUUAGUGGGUUUUCAUUUGAGCUAGCACCCCUUUCUCUCCCCCUCCCCCCUUCUUCCCAUCCCUCCCCCACCUGUUAUUAAUCUGCCCCAGUCACAUUGGUUGUACUUACUAAACUUACUUGGGAGUGAGUAAGUGCUUCAUGAAUACAAUGGUUACUUAGAUCUUAGAUUGCAUGUUGCUUGCUGUAGUUUUCAUCAACACAAAUUGUUUUAAGAGAUUUUUUGGAGGUUGAUGAGUGAUUUGUUUAAUGUGGGUGGUUAAAUGUCAUAAAUAUAUUUUUUAUAUAUUGGAAUAAAUAUAAAUGUGUGUGUGUGUGUGUUUAUUAUGUUUGUGUAAAAGUUUUUGAGAUUAUUUUACAACUGUUUACUCAUCAUACCCUUGUAGUGGGUAGUUGGAGAUGACCUGAGGAAAUGUGGCUGUGCUUGUGCUCAGUAGCUCCACAGCUCAAACAAUGCUCACUAGUUUUCAAGAGCUUUUCAGACACGUACCAUUUUUGUUGAUUUGUGGGAAAAGAACAUUUCCAUUUGGAUCAUGAAUUAUUUAAAUCCUGUGCAAUUCAUCUACCCUUUUGACUUGUGGUGAAAUAUUUGGUUUUCUGUUUUGCCUUGUUUUGGUAAAAGGUGGAUUGGAUUGAUUCAAGACAUUUUUGGAAGGGGCAACAUGUGAGGAAGAAUUAUAUUUUUAGUUUAUGUUGUGCUCAAACUGCCAUCUAUCUCAUCAGGUCAUUAUUCUUGCGGGAGAUCUUUUUUUUUACCAAGGUUCAUCUUAAUAAGGUUUUUCAGGAAUACAUUAUGUGUUCUGGGUAAUAUUAUCAAAAUAUAAAAAAAUUCGUACAAAAACAA